CGAGCGGAACCUUUUUUCUGUUCCACCCGGAGACUUUAGCAGGAGAAACACAGUCGGCACUGAGCGGUCAGUCUCUGCCACGUCGGAAAUACUAUCAGUGUUUUCAUAUCUGAAGAGCAGAAGAGCAACUAAAGACGUUUUUUGAGUUGAAGGAGUUUGUUGGGAGGGAUAUAAGCAAAUAUGGUUUCGGUCAUUAACACAGUGGACACCUCACAUGAGGAUAUGAUCCAUGACGCUCAGAUGGAUUAUUACGGCACCAGACUGGCCACCUGCUCCUCUGAUCGCUCUGUGAAGAUCUUUGAUGUCAAAAACGGAGGGCAGAUCCUCGUGGCUGAUCUGAGGGGCCACGAGGGUCCCGUGUGGCAGGUGGCCUGGGCUCACCCCAUGUAUGGCAACAUCCUGGCGUCCUGCUCCUACGACAGGAAGGUGAUCAUCUGGAAGGAGGAGAACGGCACCUGGGAUAAGAUGUAUGAAUACACAGGCCAUGACUCGUCCGUGAAUUCUGUGUGCUGGGGACCGUAUGACUUCGGGUUGAUUCUGGCCUGUGGCAGCUCAGAUGGGGCGAUUUCAGUGUUGACCUGUUCUGGAGAUGGACACUGGGAUAUUAAGAAGAUCAACAAUGCACACACAAUCGGCUGUAACGCUGUAAGUUGGGCCCCAGCUGUUGUCCCAGGGAGUCUUAUUGAGCAGCCAACAGGACAGAAGCCCAACUACAUCAAGAGAUUUGUGUCUGGAGGCUGUGACAAUCUGCUCAAGCUGUGGAAAGAAGAGGAUGGCCAGUGGAAAGAGGACCAGAAGCUGGAGGCACACAGUGAUUGGGUGAGAGAUGUUGGUUGGGCUCCUUCCAUUGGUCUGCCCACCAGCACAAUCGCCAGCUGCUCACAGGAUGGUCGUGUGUUUAUCUGGACGUGUGACGACCCAGCCGGUAACACCUGGACGGCCAAACUUCUCCACAAAUUCAAUGACGUGGUGUGGCACGUGAGCUGGUCCAUCACAGGAAACAUCUUGGCCGUGUCAGGAGGGGACAACAAAGUGACCCUGUGGAAGGAGUCAGUGGACGGACAGUGGGCCUGUAUCAGUGACGUCAACAAAGGCCAGGGAGCCGUGACCUCCAUCACAGACAGCCAACAGAACGAGCAGUGAAGCCUCUCGCCUCCAGUCAGACACCCUUCUGCCUUCAAAGACGUUAGAAGUGCAUCUCACUCUCAGGCGGCAGAACUAAAAACUUUUUUUUUUUUUUUUUUGCAACUCUACCCUGAUUUUUAGAUAUUUUCCAUUGGUUCAUUUACAGGCCAGAUGUUUGAGCUGAUUUGUAUUGUUUGUAAAGAUUCUUAACAUGUCAAUUAUUUUGAGAAGAAUAAAAUUAUGAUCAAUGAAAGCUAUUGGACACAUUGGACAUACAUGUGCUUCAAAACAUUGAAGAAUAAAGUUUUCUACACUAAACUAUAA